GGGACCGAGAAGCGUUUCCGGGGGCGGGAGGAGCAGGCUGAGGCUGUCGCGGCGGGCGACAGCUUGAAGAGGCCUGGCGCUGGCGGUUGAGAGGGUGCCUCGGGCGGGGGACGUGAGGCGCGGAGCCCGUGGCAGAAGUCGAUGUGAUUUAAUUUGAAGCAAAACCGAGAAAUGAAUGUUUCUUCCUCAUUCAUUCAUAACUGUUUUUUGAUGGCCAUGGCAUAAGGAACUUUAUCCCAGGAAUACAGCUUUACAUUAGUACUAAACAAGAUUUGUGAUGAAAUGGAGCCUGGAACAAACUCUUUUCGAGUCGAGUUUCCUGAUUUUUCUAGCACCAUUCUGCAGAAACUGAACCAGCAGCGCCAGCAAGGACAAUUAUGUGACGUCUCCAUUGUUGUUCAAGGCCACAUUUUCCGGGCACACAAAGCUGUUCUUGCUGCCAGUUCACCCUACUUUUGUGACCAAGUACUUCUGAAAAACAGCAGGAGAAUUGUUUUGCCUGAUGUGAUGAACCCAAGAGUGUUUGAGAACAUUCUCCUCUCUAGUUAUACAGGACGCCUAGUAAUGCCUGCUCCAGAAAUCGUUAGUUACUUAACAGCAGCCAGCUUCCUCCAGAUGUGGCAUGUGGUGGACAAAUGCACUGAGGUUUUAGAGGGAAACCCUACAGUCCUUUGUCAGAAGCUAAAUCAUGGCAGUGACCACCAGUCUCCAAGCAGCAGUAGUUACAAUGGCCUGGUAGAGAGCUUUGAGUUGGGUUCUGGGAGCCACACUGAUUUCCCCAAAGCCCAAGAACUGAGAGAUGGUGAGAAUGAAGAGGAGAGCACCAAAGAUGAGCUGUCGUCUCAGCUCACGGAGCAUGAAUACCUGCCCAGCAAUUCGUCGACGGAGCAUGACCGGCUGAGUACUGAAAUGGCAAGCCAGGAUGGGGAGGAGGGAGCCAGUGACAGCGCUGAGUUCCACUACACCCGGCCCAUGUAUAGCAAGCCUAGCAUAAUGGCUCACAAACGCUGGAUCCACGUGAAGCCUGAGCGCUUGGAGCAGGCUUGCGAGGGCAUGGAUGUGCACGCAGCCUACGAUGAACACCAGGUCACCGAGUCCAUCAACACCAUGCAGACAGAGCACUCGGUGCAGCCUUCGGGAGUGGAGGAGGACUUUCCCAUUGGGGAGAAGAAGGUGGAAGCAGAGUUUGACGAACAGGCUGAUGAAAGUAACUACGAUGAGCAGGUGGAUUUCUAUGGCUCUUCCAUGGAAGAAUUUUCUGGAGAGAGGUCAGAUGGGAAUCUCAUUGGGCACAGACAGGAGGCUGCCCUUGCAGCAGGCUAUAGUGAGAAUAUUGAAAUGGUGACAGGGAUUAAAGAAGAAGCUUCCCACUUAGGAUUUUCAGCUACUGACAAGCUGUAUCCUUGUCAGUGUGGGAAAAGUUUCACUCACAAGAGUCAGAGAGAUCGACACAUGAGCAUGCACCUCGGUCUUCGGCCUUAUGGUUGUGGUGUCUGUGGUAAGAAAUUCAAAAUGAAGCACCAUCUCGUGGGCCACAUGAAAAUUCAUACAGGCAUUAAGCCGUAUGAGUGUAAUAUCUGUGCAAAGAGAUUUAUGUGGAGGGACAGUUUCCACAGGCAUGUGACUUCUUGUACCAAGUCCUACGAAGCUGCAAAGGCUGAGCAGAAUACAACUGAGGCUAACUAAAAAUAGGAUCUGGCCCUUGAGUGGCAUGCACAAAAAUAAACUAUGGUAAUUAAUGCAAAUCUGGGCACAGAUGAUGCGUGCUACUUGCUAUUAUGAGAGAGGCUUAAAAAAAAAAAAAGGAAGAUAUUUCUGAAAGACCAGCUCUAAGUAGGCCAAUUAAAAAAUCUAAUUCUUCAACUUUGUAUGUUUCAGCCUUGGCCUGAAAUGGGCGAUGGGGAUAAGUUAACCCACUGCCCAGAUGGCAAGGGAAACCUUCAAGCCAGUUGUGUUUGAAGCAGGUGGACUUGGUAAUAGAGACACCUGUACUUGGAACUGGACUCCAGCCUACCAGUUCCAUUGCAGUGGCAGCAGUUUUUGAUCACUCAUUAUUACAAGGUCAUGUUGAAAUUUUAUUUUGCUUUAACUAUAGAUACUUAGGAAAUGUGGGGUUUUUUUGGUAGCUGCUUCACUGAAUGAAAUGCUACUUAUGUAAAAGCUACAAAUAAUGUGAUUCCUAGUAUGAGAAACUGAUUAACAGAGCUCUCUUUGGUUUCAUUCUUUCUAAAGAAUAUUUUAACUAAAACUAUGGAGAUCCUGAGAGGGUAACACUCUAAAACAAACAUUCUGAAACAACUUAUGGUACAAGCUUCAGUUUCUGUAAGAUGCAACUGUCACAAUGUUUCAAACUCUUAAUAAGGCACAGUUUUGUAUUUUAAUACUAACUUUGAGUUUGAAUUGUUCUAAUUGUAAUUCUUUUGGGUGCCAGAGAUAGGUGUUUCUAAUUGGUUUGCUGCCCCAAAUCCUGUUUUUUAAAUGUAGCAUCCAGGCAGUGAAAUCUCCUCUGGUUAAGUGACAUCUAGCCUGCUGUGACUCUGACCUCUGUGCCAGGUAGUACCCCAGUUAUUGCUCCAUCUUAGAUUAUGGUGCUUCCCAGCAAGAGCAGCCGGUGACCGUAGGUCACAGGAAGGAGGAGCAGAAGUCUUGGCUGAGUUACCUGUGAGCUCUAGGAGUUAACAGUGCUUCAUGGCACUUCUAUUGUCAGCGACAGUAGAGGAGAAGCAGAAUCUUACGAGUGAAAGGUUAAACACGAGGGAAAACACUGCACAUGAGGAGUCUUGAAAAUACACUGGUGGAAGAGGGGGAUACUCUCUUAGAAGGAUACCCAGAGCUAAUGCUGCCAGUUUCUUUUGAGUGCAGCAAUGUGUGUCAAGAGAGGGAAGGAGUCCUAAUUUUAGCCAAAUAUUCUACAGGUUCAUUCUUCCAGGUUGCAGAUGAGUGCAUAAAUUGACAAGUCCACACAGCUA